AUGCCCACGCGUCGAGCCGGCAGUGCCGCAGCCCUUCUUGAUGACGGGCGGAUGAUGAUCAUUGGUGGGUACGAUGAGCGUGGCAUUGCAGAAGGUCUCCUGGCAAGUUGCGACAUCUUCGAUCCCGUAGCUGGAGCUUGGAUAGAGGACGGCGCAGCGCCACUUCCGCGGUCGCGCUGGGGCCAUGGCUGUGCGUCGCUGCAGGGCAAGGUCUACGUUGUCGGUGGAUGUUCGUUGCAGCUGGAUGCACCGUCACAGGAGUCCUUCAUGGAGACGUUGCGGCAGUGUGACAUCUACCUUCCCAAGGAGAAUCGGUGGAUACCAACAGCCCCCCUGCAGAUCGCGAGAUCUGGAACUCGAGUGGUUGCCCUAGGUUCCAGAGUGCUGACAGCUAUUGGUGGCUGCGAUGAUGUUUUUGGCCGCGCCGAGACGCAGCCCACGGUGGAGCUUUACGAUGUCGAGAACCAGCACUGGUCAGUUCUUCAACACAGGCUGACCCAUCCCAGGACGACUGCAGGUGCGGCCGCAAUCGAUGGGAAGGCGCUCCUGGUUGUGGGCGGAGCGCCGUCUUAUUCCACGGUCGAGGUGUACAGGGUGCAGACGGCAGCAGAUGCAGGCUUUGCAGCAAGAGAGGGGGAGAAGGUCGCAGACUUGUCUGAUGGCCGCAUGGGAUGCCAGGCUGCCGUUUUGGCGCUCCCCUCGCCUGAGAAGACAUAUCCUGUUGUCGAGCGACGCUGUGUCGUCGUCGUUGGCGGUGAAAGAUGUGAUGAGGAUGUGCCGGAGUACCAAAGGAUCAAGCAGCUGGCGGGUGUUCCUGUCUACGACACUCAGCUAGGACAGUGGCGGAAAGACGACAUCGUCCCACCACUCCCCUGUCCUCGAACUGCUGUGGCGGUCUGUGUCGGCCUGGCCCGGCCUCUCAUGCGCUCCACUCAGACAACUUCAUGCGUACCACUGCCAGGGACCCACAAAUCGACCUUGUAG